GACUCUAAAACAGCGAAUGAAAUAGGUACCGUUGUCACUCAUUCCAAGUACUUUAACACAAUCGCUGGCUAUAUUGGUGACAAACAAUAAUGAAAAAUUUAAUUACAAUUGCAACUUUUAUUGGUUCGGUUCUUACAUCUCAACUGUUACCCUUACCGACACAAUUUUUUUCUUCGAGGCUAGGCGACAGUGCUCCACUUGAUAAAAAGUUUAUAGUUGAAAACUGUGAUUAUAAUGGUAGACUUCUCGCAUUUUCCAUUGAAAAUUGUACUGAUACAGAAGGCAUUUGUAACAUUGUGACGAAGAGGGAAUAUAAUGUGAACAUAACCUUUGAGCCUAGUGUGAGCACCUCUAAUCUCAUUUGGAGAGUAAUUUUCAAUAUAAAUGGACAAGACCAAGUUUUGGUUGAGAGACCAAUUUAUGAACAUGUACAACCUGGUGUUACGUACACUCUUUUCAACACGUUUGCUUUUGGAUUUGAAAAUGAAGGAUUAAGUUUCCCGGCAACAUUCCAAAUAAUUGAUGCAUCGACAGAGAGAGCAGAGAUCUGCCAUUCUGCUGUUUUGGACGUUAAUUCCUGGCAUAUGGUUCCUGAGAUUUUGAGUAGAAUUAAGGCUCCCAUAUUCCCAGACCGAGACUUUGAUAUAACAACAUAUGGUGCUGUACCGGAUGGUGAAACUGACAAUACGGAAGCAUUUAGCCGCGCUAUAGUUCACUGUCAUUUGUUGGGUGGUGGAAGGGUUGUAGUCCCACCGGGAGUUUUUCUAUCAAGUGCAAUUACACUUUUGAGCAAUGUCAAUCUACACUUGAAGGAAGGUUCGACCAUUCUAUUCACGCAAAACACAACAGCCUAUCCGAACGUAUUUACUCGGCUUGGAGGAUUAGAGCUCAUCAACUUUUCACCAUUCAUUUACGCCUUUGGUGCGGAGAAUAUUGCCUUAACAGGAAGUGGUGUGCUAAAUGGAAAUGCAGACUGUGAACAUUGGUGGCCUUGGAAAGGACGAAAUAACAACUUGGAGUUGCUGUGUGGAAUAAUAGAAGGAUUUCCGACAGAGGAAGCCGAUGUGGCCGCUCUUACAGAAAUGGCCGAAAGAAAUGUACCUGUGGAAGAGAGGAUUUUCGGCGAAGGGCACUUUAUGCGACCGGUAUUUGUUCAGCCGUACAAUAGCAAAAAUAUUUUGAUUGAAGGCGUAACGUUUCUCCGAUCGCCAAACUGGAUUUUGAAUCCGGUUCUUUGCGAAAAUGUGAUCGUUCGUGGUGUAACGAUAAACAGUACCGGCCCCAAUUCCGACGGUUGUAAUCCAGAAUCGUCUAAAGACGUUCUCAUCGAAAAUGUUAAGUUCAUAACCGGAGAUGAUUGUAUUGCUGUUAAAUCGGGACGAAAUGCUGAUGGACGACGAAUUAACGUAAAAUCCGAAAAUAUUGUCAUCCAGAAUUGUGAAAUGGAAAAUGGUCACGGAGGUUUCACCAUCGGUAGCGAGAUAUCUGGUGGAGCGCAAAAUAUUUUUUGUCAAAAUUGUUCCAUGAACAGUCCGCAGUUGGAACAGGGCUUAAGAUUCAAGAACAAUGCCGUUCGUGGAGGACUUAUCGAAGACAUUUACAUUAGGAACAUUCACAUUCCCGAACUGUACACCGGAACAAGUGCAUCGCGUGGAAUGGUGCUGUCAAUUGACUUUUUCUACGAAGAAGGACCUAAUGGUAAUUAUCCUCCUGUCGUUCGUAACGUUGAUAUACGAAAUGUAACCGCAUUAAAAUCGAAUUACGCGCUGUAUCUGCGUGGAUUCCCUACUGAUCAGAUUACAAAUGUUCGGCUUUAUGACUGCCAUUUCAAUGGGGUUGUCCGCGGCAGCGUAAUUGAGCACGUUGAAAAUCUUGGGCUGUUUAAUGUGACUGUAAAUGGAGAUGUAAUUGAGGUGCCUGCUGUUUAACUGCUAUUUUGAAAUUUCGAAGUCUUUUUGUGCGUGCCUAACUUGUUAUAUGAAUGCAAAACGAUUAAUUCUACAGAGCAUGAUGUUGGUGACAGUAAUAGAUGUAUGAUGUAAUGACCAUCAUAGUCAAGCAACUACCAAUUUAGUAAAUAAAAGUUUUAUGCUCAAGAAAUUCAUAGUUUUCAGAAUUGUCUAAUGUUGGUGUACCGAACAAUAACUCACACCAUAUUGCUUCUACCACACUUCCUGACUUUAUUCAUGCUACAAACAAAUUUUCAUUUAAGCUUUCCAAAAAAAAUUAACCGUUCAACAUUCAACAGUUCCAACAAUGACGAAAAGUUCUGAAUUGAAAGUGGUUUUAGAUCACAGUUUGUGAUAAAAUGAAAGUUUGGCAAAACAUUUUCCAUCGAAAAUGGAUGUUUUAUCGCCUGAGCUCCAUUUUGGCUAAAAUAGUAACGAGUUUGUCACAAGGAGAGGCUGUGAACAGUUUAUUAUCAUACAGGUAUGAUGACAAGGGCGGCAUCAACAAACUUUUCUUUCAGUACAAGCAAACACAUUCGGUGCUUUUCAAAAUGCGUCAAUACAUAUUGAGCGACAGUAUGUAAAUUAUUAAAAGAAUCAUUUGAGAAGAGUGUCAACGCUGCUAGGUGAACCUUUAUUAUAAACUAAGUUCAAUAGGAAAUUUAUGUAAAUGGCCAACACGAACUUCGGGUUAUAUCUAAACUGGAGAAAAGUAAGGUUGAACUGUGAGCAUAGCGAAAUAUAAAGUCAAAUGACGUGGUAAAUAAAUGUCGGUAAUUUUCCA